AUGGCCGAUGAGAUGACAUCAGAUCAACCUAUACUUGAUGCUGAAGAAAAAUUCACAGUUGAAGUUCACAAUAUAAUUUUUGACAAAACAAUUUGUUGCAUGGAAGAAAGGUUCUCCUCCAAUAAAAAACUGUACUGUGAUUUAGCAUGUUUGUCACCAAAUAACUUUAAAGAUUUACAUGAUAAAGAAAUACCAUUUGAUACAUUACUUGAAUUGUCCAAAGUCUUAAAAAAAUUUGAUGACAAAUUGACUCAUGCUAAAUUGUUAGACGAAAUGUUAAAUUUUUCAUCAUCCUGGGAUCAGUUAAAAAGAACUGUACCUGAAUACUAUGAAAAAAGUAGUGAAGAUAAUAUUGAAGAAGAAACAAGUGAUAAACAUGGCACAAAUGUUGAAGAAGUACACUGCAAGUCUUGCAUGAAUUGUCCUCACUGUUGCUAUAAUGUACUUUUGAAGUAUAAUUUGUAUAGUAAUGCAUACCAUUUUUUGUUUCUUGCUUAUAAGUAUCUGCUUACACUUCCAUGUACACAGGUAGCAUGUGAAAGGUCGUUCUCCAAGCUAAAGAUAAUCAAAACACGAUUGAGAAAUUCAUUGAGCGAAGAAAAGCUAGAAGCAUUUAUGCUUAUGAAUGUGGAAAAAAGUAUAUUACAUAGUAUAGACUCAGAAGAAAUUAUUGACAUUAUAAAAAAUAGUAGUGAUUUCUUAAAUAAAAAACUAUCAUAUUAA